AUGUCCACCAAGCCGGAUGCCAUCGACGUGCACAACUCGUCAAUCAACAGCGAAGACAGGGAGCAGUAUGCCUGUGCCCAGAGCCUCGAAACCGGGCCUCGCUGGAAGUUUGAGAUCGUCCCGGGCUGUUUCAAGCAGCUGUUGCCCGAAACGGACGAGACCACGUUUGACUAUUUCAAAGAGGGCUUUGGCAAAUUGAAGCCCUGGCCACAGCUUGCCAGUGAGCUCAGAGAGCUCAAUCAAAACAGCCCGCAGCAUGUCGCCUACAAGUUGCUUCUUUUGGGCCGCCACGGACAAGGAUUCCACAACUUGGCCAAUCUCAUCUAUGGCGACGAGCAGUGGAACGCCAAAUGGCUGCACCUCACCACGGACGGCAAGAUCGUGUGGGGCCCAGACCCUGAACUCACGGAUCUCGGGCACUCGCAGGCCAAGGACAAUCACAAGCAGUUGCAAGCGGAAAUCCAGCAGGGCUUGCACUUGCCCACACGGUGGUUUUCGUCGCCGUUCCGCCGGUCGUUGGACACGUUGAUCGGCACCUGGGAAGGCCAUGUAGAUUUGCAGAAGGCACAGCCUUUUAUCAUGGAGGAUCUCCGGGAAACACUCGGCGUACACACCUGUGACAAGCGGUCGCCCCGCCGCGUCAUUGUGGAGAGAUACCUCGACAGGGGCUUCAUCAUAGAAGACGGCUUUGCAGAAGAGGACGAGCUUUUUAAAGACGAUUAUAGAGAGAAGGUGUGGGAGCAGGCCAUCCGCCAGGAACGGGCGUUCCAGCACAUAUUCAGCACCACGGACAAGCACACAGACGACUUCAUCAGUGUGACUUCCCAUUCGGGCUCGAUCCGCACGCAGUUGUUGGUCUUGGGGCACCGGGCCUUUGCCAUUGGCACGGGCGGCAUGAUUCCGGUGGUGGUCAAGGCGACAUAUGAAUAG